AUCCUGAAACGACGUGUGUUGGAUGUGAACUUUAAUCCUCAGUGCGAAGGUGAAACUACACACCAACAUUCCUCUGGCUUUAGUUUUGCACUUUAUAGUUUGGAGUUUCUGCAGAAUGUGUGAGGAGCAGCAGCGUGAUGUGUGUGAGAUGUGUGAGGUGUGUGAAGUGUGUGAUGUGGUGGUGGUCGGAGGAGGAUUGUCGGGUCUCUCUGCUGCACGGCGGCUGAAGGAGAGAAACGAGAAGCUCCAAGUGCUGGUGCUGGAGGCCAAAGGUCGUGUAGGGGGUCGAACUCUGACUCUGAGUUUACCGGCCUCCAGUGGCCUUGACUCCUGGGACAUGGGGGGGCAGUGGGUGGGCAGCUCACAGACUCACAUUAUGGAUCUCAUCCAGGAGCUGGGGCUGGAAGUUUACCCACAGUUCACCGAGGGGAAGAAAGUUCACCACAUGGGCGGCGCUAAUGCUAAGAUCAGCACCUACACGUCCAGCAUUCCCUCUUUCUCUCCGCUCGUGCUGCUGGACUUCAUGCACUUCAUAUGGAGGAUAGAGCGUCUGUGUAAGAGUGUGUGUGUGGAGAAUCCCAUGAAGACUCCGGACGCUCUGCAGCUGGACAGCAUGACACUGCAGUCCUACAUGGACAAGCACAUCUGGACCACACAGUUAACACAGGAGCUGGAGCUGUGCACUCGCUCCGUGUUCGGAAUGGAACCUUCCCAGCUGUCCUUCCUGUACUUCCUGAUGUACAGCGCAGCAGCGGGCGGAGUCAUGAGACUGCUGGAGGCCACACCGGGGUCAGCGCAGGAGUUCAGGGUCAAGGGAGGCACUCAGCAGCUGUCAGAGCGAGUCGCAGAGCAGCUCGGGAAGGAGAACGUGCGUUUGGGAUCAGCCGUGACGGCCAUAUGGCAGAGAGAAGAGACUGUGGAGGUGAAGACCACCAUGAGCACAAUCACAUGCAAAGCCGUCAUAGUUACCUGCCCCCCUCACAUGGCAGCUCAGAUUGAGUACCGGCCUGCUUUGCCUCUGGAGCGUCGCCAUCUUGCACAGUGCAUGCCCGUGGGUCACAUGACCAAGUUUAUCAUCACGUAUCCUACAGCAUUUUGGAAGCAGAAAGGCUUCUCGGGAGAGAUUGUGGCACGUCCCUCUAUACAUUGCCCUUUCGGGGUCACCUUUGACGCCACCAGUCCCAGCGGGAGCCCGGCGCUGGUGGGCUUCAUCGCCGGGGUUCAGGCCUGUUACUGGAACAGCCGAGAGAUGGAGGACAGACGAGAUGCCGUUGUUAGCAGCCUGGUGAAGUAUCUGGGCCCCGAAGCGGCCUCCUACAUUCACUACGAAGAGAAAGACUGGGCUAAAGAGGAGUAUAACGGAGGAUGUCCUGUCAAUGUCAUGGUUCCUGGAAUGCUAACGUUCUACCAUCCUGGCCUCCGCAAACCAUGUGGCAGGAUCUACUGGGCGGGAACAGAGACGGCUACGCAGUGGUGCGGUUACCUCAGCGGUGCGGUUCAGUCCGGCCAGCGGGCAGCUCUUGAAGUUCUGGCAGAUGUUUCUCCAGCUGUUCUGUCUCAGACCGAAAUCCAGGAAGUGAGAGCAGACCUUACAAAGGCACCGUUGGACUUGUCUCAGGUUUGGGAUUGCCCCCGCGGCUCUGCCUCUUCAUCCCGCUUCCUCAUUGGUCUGACCGUCAUGGCGGUCACUCUGGGCGGAGCCGUGUUCUUGCUCAAGCCGGAAUUGGGGAAAAAUUGGCUCAGUCGUGUUUUGGCUGUAAUUCAGAGAUGAUUGAGAUUUGGGUUAUCCAUCAGGGGAAUCUUUUGUUCUGUUAUCUUAAACUGCAUAAUAUCCUUUAUCACACUGCUGGAUUUAAAGGCAUAAUUUUCUUUUUAAGUAAUUGUUCUUGAAAGUUUUACUGUACUUGGUAAUAAAUAAAAAAAUAAAAU